GUUUAUUAACUGCUAGAGCGUGAAACAAAAACAGCAGCGCGACAAAUAAACUGCGUACCUGUGUACGUGUGUCUCUGUUGUUAAAGUUUAUCGUUAAUUUGAUACUCAUUUUAACAAUCGGGAGUCAUGUAAACAUGACGUCACGUGCGUCUUUUCUGGUCAGUCGACAUGGAAACAUGAAGCCCUGGCGUUUGGACCAGAGUGAAAAUAAACGCCAUAUCACUAUAUACCACAAGUGUCUGGGCAGAAGAGGAACAGGAAAGGACAGGACAGUCCAGGGUCAGCUGUAUGCAGGCUCAGAGAAAGCAAUGGUGCAGGUGCCGCUUAAUACAUGUGACCAUUACGCCUCCUGUAUGGACUGUGAACUGGCCAGAGACCCUUACUGCGGCUGGGACCUCAGCGCUGAACGCUGCAUUGCUAUAAAAAACAUUCAUCCAGAUACACACAGUGAGGUGGUUCAGAGUCUGAGAGAUGGAAAUGCUGCACAUUGCCCUGCAGUCGGUAUGCAAACAGAAAGUACUACGGUCAUUAAAACCUUCUAUCCUGGUAACGAGGUCAGGUUGCUUUGCCAGCCAGGAUCAAACCUGGCCCGAGUGCAGUGGAGCGUAAACAAUCACACAAUUCAAAACUCCAACAAGUACCACAUUCAUCACAACAACCUGUUGAUCCUCAAUGCCUCAGACAGCGACGCCAGAUUCUACACCUGCACCUCUGUAGAGUCCUCCAUUGGUAAUGACUAUGUCAUCCAAACUGCUACAUAUGAGCUGAGGCUGGGGAACUUCAUGGAGCAUCCUUCGGUUCAGCCGCAGGCCCAGGACCAGCAGAAAUGUCUCUCUUUCCUCAGUAUCCUGGCCAUUACACCAACACUGAUGUUAUUAGUUCUUGUGGUAUGGAACUUCUACAAAGGACAUUUUGCUGACCAGAGAAGUUCGAAAAAAGCUGAGGAAAGUCCACAGAGUGUCUGUCUGUCAGGAGCCACUGCAAAUUGUUCAAGAAAGUUCAACAGAAAUAACAAUCAACAGAAUAGCUGAAUCCCCUGAUGUGACAAACCAGCAUAAUGGAGACAAAUUGCUCCAGUGAAGUUUAUUGUUUAUUCUGCAGACACCUCAAUGACAAAUCCAACAUAAUCCAGUUUCAAAGCUCAAACCACACAAUCUGAACUGAUUGGAGAAUUAAAAACACUUUGUUAUUUUUAGACUUCAGUAUUGCUUAAAGCCCUAAAGCACUGAAACGGGUUUAAGCACAGUAUAUUAAAAACAAAGGCCAAAAUAGAUGUGAAGAUGUAUUUUGAAUUUUGAGAAUUUUGUGAGACAUUUUUUUACUGUAAAAUAAACAGUGAAUGUGUUUGUGUAA